AUGGCUUUCCUAUUCAAAUCAAAGAAACACCAGGAUAGGGCGCUGGCAGGAGGUCGCGAUGGCCCAAACAGCUCUCAGGGGUCGGUGCAGAGCCCCGACGCUCGAAACCGCGUCGUAAGAGAGGAGAAGGGCCCAACGCACAGGUCGACCCCAACCGGCAGCUUGAACUCGAUCGACAACGACGCCAGCAAUGCAAGCCCAGACCAGGGCUUCAAUCCCGGCCCACCGCGACGGGCACAAACUGGUGAUCCGCCUGCCCAGGCGCCGCCCGACGCACAACAACAGUUUCGCAACGGCCCCUCUCCACCAAACCCGAACUCGUCGCUGUACCCCUGGUCGCAGCGGAAACUCAACUUUACCUCGUCCCACCCCGGGCCAUUUCCACGUUAUGGCGCAGCCGCCAACGCUAUGUCGUCGAAAGAGGGCGACAUGUAUGUGAUGGGAGGCUUGAUCAAUAGCUCCACUGUCAAGGGGGAUCUUUGGAUGAUCGAAGCGGGUGGCAGUCUGUCAUGCUAUCCUCUAGCUACUACUGCUGAAGGGCCAGGACCAAGGGUUGGACAUGCCAGUCUGCUUGUUGGUAACGCCUUCAUCGUCUACGGUGGUGAUACCAAGAUCGAGGAGAAUGACUCCCUCGAUGAAACCUUAUACCUUCUGAAUACCUCCACACGACAAUGGUCGCGAUCUCUGCCCGCGGGCCCGCGGCCGUCUGGUCGCUACGGACACACCUUGAAUAUACUAGGAUCAAAGAUCUUCAUUUUCGGAGGCCAAGUCGAGGGUAUCUUCAUGAAUGAUCUGGCGGCUUUCGACUUGAAUCAACUGCAAAUGGCCAAUAAUCGGUGGGAACUGCUGAUCAUGAACAGCGAGAGCGGCGGUCCGCCCCCAGGUAAGAUUCCUCCUGCGAGAACGAACCAUACCAUGGUGACGUUCAAUGAUAAGAUGUACCUCUUCGGAGGUACAAACGGCUUCCAGUGGUUCAACGACGUCUGGGUCUACGACCCUGCGACCAACACCUGGUCACAACUGGACUGCAUAGGAUACAUACCAGUGCCUCGUGAGGGGCACGCUGCCGCGCUGGUCGACGACGUUAUGUACAUCUUUGGAGGCCGGACUGAAGAAGGGGCUGACUUAGGUGAUUUGGCUGCCUUCCGCAUCAGCUCUCGCCGAUGGUACACCUUCCAGAAUAUGGGCCCGUCUCCGUCGCCUCGGUCGGGACACUCGAUGACGACGGUCGGCAAGACCGUGGUGGUCGUUGGAGGAGAGCCGAGCCAAGCUGCACCCCCAGUGAACGAUCUCUCUCUCAUUUACUUGUUGGAUACGACCAAGAUUCGAUAUCCUAGCGACUCUCAGAUUCAGUCACAGUCACAAAGGGCUCCCGGUCAACGGCGCCCGAGCAUGGCUGAAUCACCGGUGUCUUACGGCCGCUUGCCGUCCCGUGAUGGUUCACAAGGCCCGCCAGGCCAGGGGAGACUGAUGGGUGCAUCCAAGGAAUCCACCGCUAUGAACAGUCCUAGGAGCAUGACUAAUCCCGAGGGAGGUCCUGUUAACGGCCAACCCGGGCCAGGCUCUCGUGGUCCCAGAGGCCCACCCCCGGUGACCCUACCACCAAGCGGACCUCCGCCACAGGGCCAACCACCAAGGCCAACCGUCAACACUGGAACAGGAUCAAGACAAGGCAGGAAUGCAUCUCUGGAGAGGAACGAAAUAGCAGGGGCUGCACCAGGUGUCAACGGUCAGAACCAGUCACCAGUCACGCAACAGAAGGACGCGGAGAGCCCGAUUGUGAAUGGACGCCGGACGCCGACAGCUCAGACCGCAAAACCUGGCCCAGGAACUGAUACUGCACCUGCAGAAACACCAAAGGCUGCGCGUAGUGCGCGCCAGCGUGGUCAAGGUUCUGUCGAUAGUACAACGGAACCGAAUUUGAAAAACAUGGUAGCUUCACCCGCUUCUAGGUCUACGAAACCUGAGCCAGCAUCCGCUCCAGUACGACCAGCGUCGCCUCCACCACCAACGCGACAGGCUAGCAACCCCAUAUCCCGAAGAUCAUCUAUGCGGAAUUCUCAAACCGUGGCUAUUCUCAAAGAGCUUGACGCAGCACGCAACAGAAAUGCAUGGUAUGCAUCGGAACUUGAGCUGGCCCGUAAAUCCGGAUAUGUCCCGAACGCCUCCCUGAGCCCAACCUUGGAUAGCCGAGCGGCUGAGACCUUCGACGACGACGACAGACCUCUCAUCGAGGCGCUCUUGACUAUGCGAACGGAAGUGGCCAAUGUCCAGGCAUCUCUUGAUAAACAGGCUGUACUUGCUGCCAAGCAUAUCGCAGAGGCAGAGAAGCAAAGAGACGCGGCCAUCCAGGAAGCUGUCCAUGCCAAGGCAAAAUUAGCAGGCCACCUAGGUAGUGCCGCCAAUUCCCCUCACCUCGACAACGAUCGUGAAGAAGACGAACGCUCAAACGAGCUUGGGCGCAAGCUUGCUACUGCACUCAACGCUCAAAGGGAGUUGCAAAAUGCUUUGGACAGAAUGUCCUCAGAAGUGGAGUCUGAGAGGCGUGCGCGUAAGAUUGCCGAUGAUACGGUAUCCGCUGCAGAAAAGCGGAUGGCCGCUCUCGAAGCAUACAAACAGCAAACCUCAUCCGAGCUAGAGCAACUCAAGGCCGAGCUGCACCUGGUACAGAGAGAGGCACGAGAACAAUCCGUCCUCGCCCACGAGUCUCAGGCAGCCCUGCAACUGCUGCAGGCCGAGAAGACGAAGUUUGAGAGCCAAUAUCAGGAGGCAGUCGGAAGCUCCAGAGACCACACCGAGACGCUGGGCUCCCUAAGAGAUGCCAUCGCUGCUUCGGCGGAGACCAAGGCUGCGUUGGAAGCGAAGCUCGACGAGGAAAGGGCGCUCCGAGAGAAGGUCGAGAACAAGCUGACGAAGCUCAAAGCCGAACAUGAGGCCCGGACUGGUGAGCUCGUUGCAGCCACACAGCGUCUGAGAGACGCGGAGGAAAUUGCCGAGCGUCACGCAAACGAAGCACGAACACAUCGUCAAGCACUCUUAUCCGGCCUCGACAAGAUCUCGACGAGAGAUGUCUCAUCGGCAAAUAAGCCUGAUCACGAUCGCUCAGCAGCGCUCCAAGGUCAGCUAGAUGCCGCAAAUGCCUUGGUCAAGAGGUAUCAACAGGAGGCGGACACUGCGUCGGAUAGGUUGCGGGCUGCAGAAGAGCGUAUCGCCGGCCUGGAAGCAUACCAAGAGCAGGCGAGCAGGGAAGGCGUGACCAUUCGGAGGCAGCUGCAGGCCGCUCUUCGGGAGACUCAGUCACUGCAAGCUACGAACUCGGACCUCAAGCACCAGCUUGCCGGUCAGCAGCUUGAGGCUAAUGCCAUCCAAGUGCAGCACAACACGUUGAAAGACAUACUCGUAGAGAGGGGAAUCAGUCCAACUAGCGCGGGCCGCACUCGCUCUAUGGCGAGCCCUCGCGAGGGUUCUCCGGAGUUGUCCCGCUUGCGUGAGUUGGAAAAGCAACUUGCAGCAUCAAUGGCCGCCCAUGAGGAGACCAAGCAGACAAUGUCGUCACAGGCUCAAGGGUCUGAGGUUGCCUACCGGGAAAAGCUGACACAACUUGAAAAUGACUACCAGUCUGCCGUGCACUAUGUCAAGGGGACCGAGAAGAUGCUCAAACAGCUCAAGGAGCAGUUGGCAAGAUACAAGACGGAAAAUUCUCGGCUGAAAGAAGAGCUGGCCGAUAUGGAGGAUAAGGGCACAUCGGCGGCGGGUGAUGCGCCAGCCGACUGGGAGUCAGAGCGCAAACAACUGCAGAGAAAGAUCGAGGCACUUCAGGAUGAGAUGAGGUCUUCACAGGAGCAACUCGAAGAGCAGUUGCAGCACGUGCAACAACAACUGGCAGAAGCAUCCAAGAAUAGUGAGGAGACCAACGCCCGCUUGAUGUCGAGCCGCAAGGAUCUCGAGCAGCUACAACAGGAGAAUGCACUCCUCGAGCAACGAGCUCACGACGCAGAAACUAAGGUCUCUAUGUUACUAGAUCAAGUCGAGACUUCUGUGGGCAACUACCGCCGACAGAGCCGGCAGGUUCCAAGCAUUGCCUCCGCGGAACAAAUCACGCCAGCCCUGCACAAGGCACCUUCCGGCGCUAGCUCCACAACAAACGGAGGAGGACACGCACGGGCAGAGAGUUCCGACUCAACAUCGGUCUACGAAACCAUGGGUGACGCCCGCAACAGUGCUGCGUUGGAUAACUUGGCCAACGAGCUCGAGACAUUGCGGAGUCACUGGGAAGCGACGAACAAGAACUAUCGCCUGAGCAACACCUUCGACUUCGAGAUGCCCACGUCAGGGCCCGGUAUCUCGUCGACAGGAGCAAGUGCGGCGACAGACGAUAAGGAGAAGGAAGCCCCCGAAGUUAGUAAUGGAUUGGGCAUGAAUCAGAGCUUGGCCGACUGGAGGAAGAGGUUGGAUUCAUAG